AUGGUGGAAGACGCGCGGCACGCUCUGGAGUCCGUGAGCCUGGCCCCCUCCCCAGUGGUCGCCGCGAUCGACCUCGGGACAACGUACUCCGGCUUCUUCUACGCCUACCGGCGUGACCCGGGGAACAUUUACGGCGAAUACAACUGGCCGGGGCAAGUGGAGGCAAUCGGUCGCCCUUAUUGCAAGACUUCCACCACGUCUCUAUACCAGGAGACUUCUCCGGGGGGUGGCUGGAAGUUGCUGGAGAUCGGAUACCCCGCUAUGCUGCGCCACCUGGACUACUUGGGCCCGGGGCAAGACACCGGGGAGGGGCGGCAGGUGAUGCUGAGCCGCGUGAAGCUUUACCUGGCGAGCGUGGAGUACGCGCGCGGGGGGGAGGGGCUGCAGCUGCCGGAGGGGCUGACGGUGCGGCGCGUGCUGUCGGAGUACCUAGCGGAGAUGGGGGCCAUGGCCGUCAAGGAGAUCCAGGCCAAGCUGGGGGCGUAUAUCAAAAAGUCCGACAUCCAGUGGUGCCUGACCGUGCCCGCCAUUUGGGACGAGCCCGCGAAGCAGGAGAUGCGGCGCAUCGCGGAGGCGGCGGGGCUGAUCGGCCCCGGCGCGAGCCCGCACCCGCUGCUCAUCGUGCUCGAGCCCGAGGCGGCCGCCGUCUACUGCGACAAACACAUGGCGGCCGCCAGGGGGGGAAUCAAGCGCGGCGACGUGUUCUUGAUCGCAGACGUGGGCGGCGGCACGGCGGACCUGAUCGUGCAAGAGAAGAUGGACCGCUCGCUGCGCGAGGUGUCGCGCGGCAGCGGCGACCUGUGCGGGGGCACCUACGUGGACGGCGCGUUCCUGGAGUUUCUGGGCGACCGCAUCCCGUGCCUGGAGCGCUUCCUGGACGCCCACCCGCGCCAGAUGGUGCUGCUCAUGUCGUGGUGGGAGCAGCAGAAGCGCGGCUUCAGCGGCGCGGGCAACCCGGUCGUGUUCGACCUGCCGGCCAGGCUGGCGGCCAUGUGGGAAAAGGAAGACUCCGAGGUGUUUGAGGACAGGGACCGGCUGAUCAUUAGUCCCGCGGAGCUGCGCUCCAUCUUCGACCCGACGCUGGACAAGAUUUUGGCGCUCAUCGACGCGCAGCUGGCGGCGAGCCCCAAGUGCGACCAGCUGUUUUUGGUCGGGGGGUUCUCCCAGUCGCCGUACCUCAUCAAGCGCGUGACCGACACGUUCGCACACAGGGUGGCUAACAUCGUUACGCCGCCCGAGCCAGGCACGGCCAUCUGUCAGGGCGCGGUCCUGUUCGGGCUGGACCCGUCCAUCAUCGCGGAGCGCACCUCGCGCAAGACGUACGGAAUAAAGUGCGACCGCCCAUUCGAAAAGGGCGACCCCGAAGAGAAAAAAUUCCUCCACGAGGACCACGGCUGCUUCUACGUCAGGGGCUCGUUCCACGUGUUCGUGCGCAACGGCGAGCAGGUCCCUGUGGACUCCAAGAUCAGCCACACUUUCAACCCCUCGCGACUCGACGACACUCAGAGUUCCGUCACUCUGCUGACGACAGACAAGCGGAAUCCCAAGUUUGCAGAUGACAACGGAGUGGAAGAAAGCUUCGGGUUUUCCAUCGAUCUGGGAAUAAUGCCACGUGGCCAGCGCUCGUUCGACGUCCAGAUGAAGUUUGGAGCGACUUCGAUAGAAGUGGCGGCGUUCAGGAAGGGGCUAGACGAUGACGACGACCCGGUAGAGGUGAAGGUCGUCCGGUUUGAGAAGCGGUUUGCGAAUAGCCGGAGCUAUUAGAGGGGGCGCGCGCCCCGCGCGCCUGCUCGGACUCGUUUGCGGCUUGCUCUUUGAGCUGGUCCAGACAGGAAAGUCCUGUGUUCCUGAAUUGAAGGAAGCAAAGGGAGAUGGUUUGUGCCGCUUGGCAAAAGUGCUCAAACAGCAGACGGGCUUUGACAUUGAGGUACGAGUGACCGAUCCGAGAUCGAGGUCGCACCAGAUUCUCCAUGGAGAUUGUGAUUACCUACACUGUAGUCGUAAUUGUUGCUGAGUUUAGUGUACUUUGCUUCAUAACCAUUCUGGCCAGCAUUUGAAGCCACAACUCAACAAGAGCU